UAGCGAAGGACUGAACUAGAUCGCCUCGAUCACUUCCGCUCGGCCUGCUCUAAAGCCCUGCCCAGGGUUUAGGGAAGCUUGCCCCACCAUUCUUCCAUUAAGAUGACGGAACUACUGUAUGCUCUUGAGCUCGCCCGCGCGGUAUCAUCAAGCAAUAUUUCUCAUGCAACACUGAAUCUAAAACUUCCGCUGUUCUGGUUGCAAUGGUCGACCAUGGAGGCAUGGGCACUCUCAACCAAUCUUCACAGCACCGCCCAAGCACGCCCCAGUCUAUGCUCUCUACCGAGAACCCAUUCGACACGCCCACUUUUCAAGCGAUUCCGCUGCACCUAUUUGAGCGAGAACACAGGCCUCGUCAUACCGACGGUCCCGCUUCAGACGCCGCCGAGCAAGAAACCGCCAGCGUGGCGCCGCUGCCUUGGGAGGACCCACGUCGUCCUGGCGGGAAAACAGGACAAAUCUGUCCUCACCUAUCUCACGUUUAUUGUGACCCUUAUUGGCAUCCCCGUUGGGAUCGGCGGUUUCCUCGUGGCCAUGUCGUCCAUCUUGGGAUGGCCUGACUUGCCGAUAUGGUCGUUCUUUGCACGUUUAGGAGGCAAACAUACCUGAUGUACAUCGUUGCUGGCGAUAUUGCUAUGAGCUUCUGGGAACGGGCGCUGGGGAACCGGUACAUGGCAUGUCUUGCUACCGACAUUUGGGAUAAGCACCGGCGUUUUGAGCGGUUUGGAAUCGGGCAAAAAGGGCAUGCUGUGUACGACCAACAAAGUCAAGCCCCAACUACGCA